AUGAAUCGCCACCACGAUCCCAAUCCCUUCGACGAGGAAGAAGAAAUCGUCAAUCCGUUCUCGAAAGGCGGUGGAAGGGUUCCUGCUGCAUCUAGGCCUGUUGAAUUUGGCCAAAGCCUUGAUGCGACUGUUGAUAUUCCACUGGAUAACAUGAAUGACUCUUCGCAGAAACAGAGAAAGCUUGCUGAUUGGGAAGCAGAGCUUAGGAAGAAGGAAAUGGAUAUCAAGCGAAGAGAGGAUGCUAUUGCUAAAUCUGGUGUCCAGAUUGAUGAUAAAAACUGGCCACCUUUUUUCCCGAUCAUACACCAUGACAUUGCUAACGAGAUACCAGUUCAUGCACAAAAGCUGCAGUAUCUGGCUUUUGCAAGUUGGUUGGGUAUAGUUCUGUGUCUGGUAUUCAAUGUCAUUGCUACGAUGGUCUGCUGGAUCAAAGGCGGAGGUGUCAAAAUCUUUUUCCUUGCGACGAUAUAUGCGUUGAUCGGAUGUCCAUUGUCUUAUGUGCUAUGGUACAGGCCCCUCUACAGAGCAAUGAGGACUGACAGCGCUUUGAAGUUUGGUUGGUUUUUCUUCACCUACUUGAUUCACAUUGGCUUCUGCAUCGUUGCCGCCAUUGCCCCUCCGAUAUUUUUCCAUGGAAAAUCAUUAACGGGUGUGCUUGCAGCAAUUGAUGUCAUCUCAGACAGUUUACUAGCUGGGAUCUUCUACUUUAUCGGUUUUGCUCUCUUCUGCUUGGAAUCACUUCUAAGUCUAUGGGUUCUUCAGAAAAUUUACCUCUACUUUAGGGGAAACAAGUAA